AGGAAGGGUAAGGAUUCUGUUACUUCUGCAUCGGUUUUCGUCCUCACAUUUAAAGGCAUGGAAGUUUCUUUCGAAAAUGGCGCCAGCAAUGGCGAAGCGAAAAGAAAGCAGAAGCUGCAGGAGGAGGCGGAGGUUGUUCAGGAUAUUGAGAUUGCUGGGGAGUUGAAGCCGGAGGACAGUGAGGUUAUUGAGGACAUUCAGGUUGCGAGGGAGUUGAGGCCUGACAAGGAUGUCAAUAUUGAGGAGUCUGUUGGGCCAGAUGCUGGUAGCUCUAGUAGUAGUAGUAGUAGUAGCAGUUCCAAUGAGGAAUCUCGAUUGGAGGAUAAGAAUUCAGGGGUAAUGGAAUCAGAGAAGAUGGAAGAAGAGGAGAAGAGUGGUGGUUCAGUCAAGGAAACUGUGCCUGUUGUUUAUUCGGCAGAGGAAUUGGUGGAGGAGAAGAGUGCUAAUUCAGUUAUGGACACUGUGCCCAAUGUUGAUUUGGCAGAAAAGUUGGAAGAGGCAGAAAAGAAGAGUGAUGGUUCAGUUAUGGAAGCUGCACCUGCUGUUGACUCUUGUGAGCCAGUCGUGUCCUUGAUUGAGGAGGUGAUUCAGGCUUCUGUAUCCACUACGGUUGUGGAUGCUGGGGUUUCUAAUAAGAUUGGUUUGGAAUCGAAGGAUAAGGAAGAGAUAUCAUUGCCACUGUCAAACGAAGCUGCUGAGGCAUCAGAUUUGAUUGAUUCGACGGCAACAAAAAAUGAGGAUAGAAUGUUGCAAUAUUCUGAUGCUCCAAUUAUUGAAACUAGUGGUUCUGGAAGUGCUGAACUACCCAAAGAGCCUGCGAUUCCAGAAAGCUCAGAAAACCAGCCACUGUUGGGUGCGAUUCCUCCUCCACCAGUAGAGAGGACUUCUUGGAAUAGUUGCUGUGGCAUAUUUGAUGUUCUGAGAGGCACAGACAGAUAAGACCAGAGAGGGACGCUGGGGGCUUCAUAAUGGAAUUUAUUGAUGAAGUUUAUGGAGCAAGUCUGGGAAGGGAUGUCACUGCUUGAAGAUGAUUUUAAAUAAAAUUUGUUCCUUGUGAUAAUGUUGCCUUCAACUUUUCUUUGGAGUAAUAAUAGACAAGUGAGCUAAUUAAUUGAACACUGUUAGUAAGGUAGUUUCAUGGUUAAUUGGCAGCUUGAACUUGCUACCUUGGCAAAGUGCCUGUGCUUUAUGAUGGGCUUUGUUUUCUUGGACCAAUAUUCAUUUUAUUUUUUUAAGACAGACACUCAAUGUUCAUUAGUGUGCUUCUGUAAAGUGUUUGCUCCUUUUUGAUGAGACUAGUAAUGAAAUUCAUUUCUGU